AUAAAGUACUAUUACUAUUUGUCUAAAGGUAUAUUUGUAUUUUUGCAGGAAAGGCAGUUUGAACGAUUCUUUAAACUUUUACCGGUUGAUCAAUAAUUAAGUUUUGACUGAAAUCCCAUACAGCCUGCUGCUGUUUCAACUUUCAGUCUAUAGAGAAUAACGCACAGGGUUUGUUACCAGGAAGUGGGUCGCGUUAUUUUUAUUUGAACACACUUCACUUGCUAGACGAUGUGAGGGCUUGCGCUGGAAAUACUUAACUUAUAUCGUCAUGCUCUUUUAUCUGUACACCAUGUACAAUAGCCGGAGCUGUCGGCGUUUAAUUUGACGUGAUGUAACUUCGAUAAUUAUCGGAAAUACGAUACCGGCAAAACUCGUAUUAAGACACGGCUGCACGCCAGGUGGCGUUGUAAUGAAGAUCCAUGAGAAGAUUGUAACACAUUACCUGUCCUGCACUACACCUGUAGAUAAGGAGGGAUACCUCUAUAAAAAGAGGGAGAGGAACACAACUUACCUGCGACGCUGGUUUGUAUUAAAGGGAAAUCUGUUGUAUUAUCAGGAGCGUCCGGGUGAUCGUAAUCUCUUAGGUGUUAUUGUUCUGGAGGGCUGCAUGGUGCAAGUAUGUGAGACGGAUGGUGAGUUCAGUUUCUCUUUGGUGUUCACUGGACCAGGCCUUCGUACUUAUAGAUUAGCUGCUGAUGACCAUCUAAGCCAGGAGAGUUGGAUAAGUGCUUUGCUUUGUGCCAGUCACCUCUACCUUUCAAUGAUCGUCAGUGACCUGGAGAGACUGUACAAAGAAGCUAGAAAAGAGAAAGGCCUUUGUGAUCUCAUACAGACCUGUGCUGUGACUGCUGGAUGUGAGAAAACAUCCAAUGAUACAAUGGCUUCCUGGAACACAAGACACCCCAAUUUCGGAAACGGGGCUUCUGUGGCGCCAAGAGAUGUGCGAAGCUACAGUACCGGUGCAGUACCACCUUCUAUUAUGCCAAACAGACCCAUCAGCUAUAGUCUUCAGGCCCCUCCUAUUCCCAAAACCACCAAUAAGCGAUCUCCAAAGCUUUGGCCGAAGAGAAACGCCCAUGUCACACCCUUAAACAGUCCUGCAAUAUCUUAUGGAGAGUGGCCAGCUGUGGGUUUUGAUCCAUUAGAAGAUUUUACCAAACUGCAUGAGCUAUAUGGAAAUGAGGUUAGGCAGCUAAGAGCAGAAUGGCUAAAGAAAAAGCAAGGGGAGGCGAAAAACAUUGAGGAGAAUCUCAUUGACCUUGGCUGAAGCAACAUCUAAGUGGAGCCCAUACCAGUCCUAUGCCAACCUGCAUUAUUUUGUUUAUACUUACAUCUAAAUAUUGCUGUCUGUAAUCAUGUUAUGUAACGAAAUGAUCAAUGUACUGUAAUGUAGUAGCUAUGGUUGUAGUAAAUCUGAUACUACUAUUGUUUUAAGGUUAUGAAAGUAUGUGGUGGAGCACUGACUUUUGAUCCUGGCAACCCUUCUUUCUGGUAAAGAUCUUCUCAUUUCUGUGUACCUUUCAGCUUGGUUCCUUAUUGCAGAACUGAGGUCGCUGUAGUUUUACCCCAUCCCUUAAGUUAACUAUGUGCUGAUUUUUAUAACAGCAACCAUUAUUUUCACAACCAAAUUGAAUUUAAUGUUAACUUUUUUGAAGUGAUGUCUGCUUUUAUGUGUUGAUUGUAUAUUUGUGAAUGCAAAAUAAUAAUUAUUCAUUGGAUGUUCUUAAUUUGUAUUGUGGUAGCCUAAAUGUUUGUGAUUUUUUUUGCAAUUUUAACAGAUUAAAUUGUUUUGUGUUUAUUGAAAAAUGUUCUUUUAUAUGACAGUAAGAAUGUAAAUUAAGUUUUAGUGUACAUAGUGUGGCCUGGCUCAAAAUGUGAUUGUGUUGUGCAGUGGAUUAGAUAUCCAAGUGACUGUGUAUACAGUAGUUCUUCCUUUUCUGAAUUUGUUUCACACAGUUCUUGAGGUUUCACAAAUAAACCAAAAUACCGCGUUUGU